AUGGACUUUGAGGAUGAUGCCCCGCCGGAUCUGGUUGAGGUGACAAAUGCUGAUGAGCAUGAGGCCGAAGUGACGCCUCCAUUCAAAGUUCCCAUCACCAUCGUGACAGGAUAUCUGGGUGCUGGCAAGACAACCUUACUCAAUUAUAUUCUCACAGCCAACCACGGCAAGAAGAUUGCCGUAAUUAUGAAUGAAUUUGGCGAUUCGCUGGAUAUCGAGAAGUCUCUAACCGUCAACAAUGGAGGGGAGCAAGUGGAAGAAUGGCUCGAGGUGGGAAACGGCUGUAUUUGUUGCUCAGUCAAGGACUCCGGGGUCAAUGCUAUCGAGUCCCUCAUGGAAAAGAAGGGCGCCUUCGAUUACAUCCUUUUAGAAACUACCGGCCUUGCAGAUCCUGGAAACCUUGCUCCGUUAUUCUGGGUCGAUGACGGCCUCGGGAGUACCAUAUACCUUGACGGAAUCGUUACUCUUGUUGAUGCCAAAAAUCUCAUUCGCAACCUAGAAGAUCCGCAUGGCCAAAUACUAAACGAAGCGCAUGAGGAUACACAUGGGCCCCUCCUAACGACGGCUCAUGUGCAGCUAUCCCACGCAGACGUCAUCGUCAUCAACAAAGCGGAUCUAGUAACUAAGGACGAGCUUGAACGAGUAAAAGAUCGAAUCCAGUCGAUUAAUGGUCUUGCAAAGGUGCACAUCACCGAGCGAGGAGUCGUCCCGGAGCUUCAAGGGUUUCUCCUCGAUCUCCACGCUUAUGAUCGUGUUUCAGAUCAAGACCUCCGCGAUAAAGGCCACAGUCAUCUAGACCCGACUAUAUCAACACUUACCAUCCCGGUACCUGUGCUGUCAACAGACCAACUCGAUAAGCUGGAUCUGUGGUUACGGUCCGUACUCUGGGACUCUGAGCUUCCCGGCUUCCCAUCAGCCCCCGUUCGAGACGCACAGUUUAGCAAGGCCCUGAACGGAUAUUCCCGUCCAAAGCCUUCCCUUCUUGACGACAUCCACGACUAUCAUAUCAAUUGCUUGAGGAUCGCAACCACGCAUUUCCGUACGAAGUGCCCCAAUCCACGAUACGAACCCUUUCACAACACUCUAAUCUCCGCGACAACACCAUCCCCGACAAACAUCGAGAUACAACGGCUGCCGAAAUCGGAAUCAAUGAUGAAUCGACAAGGAGCGGUACCGCAGACGAUGCGCGGUAUCCCUGCUGGAUUUGGGGGACAACAACAACCUCAACAAUCGGGACGAUCAGUAUCAAAUCGGAUACCAAACGGCGCGAAACUAGGGAGCAACGGCUCUAGCUGGUCAGCGUUUGGGGGUGGUGUCUCGAUGGGUGGUGCUGGACUUCAAAAUGCCCCUCGUCAAGUGGGUGCUGGAAACUUGAGCUUUGCCCAGAGCUUAAGCGGCUCGCAACCUGCGACCCCCUUGGACCUUUCCGAGUUCCCUUCUUUAUCCAAUACCGCACAAGCGGCAAACUCAAGUCAAGGGGGCAUGUGGUCAGCUGGUGGCAGCAUUGGCACUCGGGGUGCACAACAAGAAGACAUGUUUACUGGCGCUGCCGGACCGGAGAGGGGCGCCUCUCUGAUGUCCGCCCUAGGAUUCGGCGCCCAAACAACCUCUGCCGCUGCCUCGGGCCAAACUAACAGAGCUGAGAAUGGCCUGCUGAGUGCGCUAUCCGCAAACCGUGGUGCCUCAGAAGCUCGGUCUGUCAAUAGUGGCUCAAGAUCUCAAGAAUCCAGGGAUAGCGGUGCCACCGGAAGCGAGAGUCGUCAGAAGUCGGGGACCCUCCGAGAUGGAAGCUUAACGGCGGGAGAGGAAUCACCGCAAGCUUCAGACGCGCGAAAACCUCUAGGGGCCAUUGGUAACACUUCCACUUCAACAGAAGGCAAAGAACAUGAAGAAUCCCCCACGCCAGAAGUGCAAGAUCCUUUAGCGGGCAUGGCACCAGAGGAUAAAUGGGGUCUCAAAGGCCUUCGAACGUUGAUGAACAACUACCCGGAUUAUAAUGCCAUGGUGCUUGGAAUUGAUCCUAACUCCCUUGGUCUUGACCUUGCAUCAUCCGAGCCCAUCUCCACACAAAUCUAUUCAUUAUUCGACGACCAACCACCACGACCGGCAAUUCCCCAUUUCAGGUUGCCGGAAUGCUACAACGUAAACAACGUUCAGCCGAUUGAAACCAAAAUUUCGAGUUUCAACGAGGAUACGCUCUUCUUCAUCUUCUAUGCAAAUGCCGGCGAUGUGACGCAGCACCUCGCGGCCCAGGAACUGCAUCAAAGGAGCUGGAGAUGGCACAAGAAGCUCCAGAUCUGGUUAACCAAAGAUGAACACAUGAUGCCUCAGCAAGUAAGCCCAACGGCGGAGAGGGGCUUCUAUAUUAUCUGGGACCCCAUCCGGUUCCAGCGAGAUAGGAGAGAAUUCACCCUUCACUACGGCGAUCUGGACACGACGCUGGGCGCUGGAGCCCAAUAA